AUAAUGUUGUUACCCGAUAGAGAUCUCUAUUAUCACGAUUAUACCGUUAAAUUUUAUCCUAGGGUUAAUAAUACUCUAUUCUAUCGCGACAUGAUGAAGAAUGUAUCUACUAUUUAACUCUAUUAAAGGGAUAAUUGCUUAACUAUUAUGUAUUCAAGAAUGAAUUCUUCAAAUAUCAUGUUGAAUUAUAAAAAUAUCGAGAUUAUGGUUUGAUAGGUUCAGUGGGUGUCUCUUUAGUUGCAAUAUACUUUUAUAAGCAUCUCCCUUUGAUUUCAAGAAUUUAAGGCAAAUGGACAUCAUUUUUUAUGAAAUUAAUGAUUUUUGGCUUGCCAUACGCGACAGUGUAUAUUGUGACAGAUGAAUUAAAGGAGAAAUACAUGUGGGAUCAAUACACCAAGAAUUUCAAGAAUUACAUAUAUUACAAGUAAACAGGAGACAUCAGAUGCCUUAAAGCUUAAAUUGAAUCUACAGUUUGA